CACAGAAACCCUAUCUUGAAAAACCAAAAACAGAAAGAAAAGAAAGGAAGAAAAAAAAAUCCCUCAUGGAAAAGACACUGUUCGGAGGGUAGCAUGCUAUUGUCUUGUAGUAUAAUGCCUUGGGUUUCAUUCCUCAUCACUGCAAGAAGAAAACAUAGGGAAACUGUUUCAAAACCCAGAGCUGGAGUUGCUGUGCUUGGCGCUUCCUGUGGAGGUACACUUGUUUGCUGGUUCUCACCAUACAGUAUGGUAAGAGAGGCCACUGCACAAGGGAGGGUGGGCGGUUCCUACCCUAGAGCAGCGCUAAUCCUAGGAGAACAUCUGAUUGGCUCAACCACGCGGUCACUUAUCUAAUCAGCCGCUGCCAGGAGACAGUUGGCUUUGUCCUGUCACUGAGACAAGUCAAGAUUUCCUGUGAGACUCCAAUGCUGUGUCAUCCCAAAGGCCUACUUUCCAGGGGUGGCCUUACAAAGACAGAAUGGUUACUAUGACUGCAGGGAAGCAUCCAGAAGGGACGCGGGCUGUGAGGCUCCAAGGUAUACCAUACUCAUGAGGUGCAAGCAUCAAGUCUCAAAAACUUCCACUACUCCAGGUCCUUUACCCCACGGCUGCAGAUACAUUUUAGACUGAUGCUCUGGACUGCACAGCCCCGGCCUCCUGGGAACUCUCCUUCAGUGCUGCUUGUCCUUACUGCUUUCCAGGUCUCCCAAGUUCUGCUUCUGCUCUGUCCCCUCCCUGUAUGUCCUCCCUCCCCCUAGGAAGCCACCUUUGCCCAAAAUGACAGUAUCGUGUGCAUGGUCAUUCCCUCCAGGAGUGUGGGGGAGCAUUGGGUGGCAGUGACUGAAGAAAUCAGUCCUUUCUGCGUCGCCUUCCUGAUUUCCCAAGCCUCUAGGCCGCUUCCUGCCCUGGAGCCCCUCCCAGAGCCGACCUCUGCACUCCACAGCCCGGAUGUGGCAAGAGAAAUGCUUUUGGGGCCUGUUCGGCUGCGUGGGCCGUCUUGGGUAGACUCAUCGCGCGCCUGGAACCAGAUAUUCAGCAGUUGCUUGUGACUCUGGUUCAGCUACGCUGCUGGCAUGCGAGACCAGACUAUUAUUCUGCAAAUAUGAUCAACAGGAGCAGAAGCGUCCUCUUCCAUCAGACAGCCUGUUUGCCGGGCCAGGAGCCAUUGGCUCGCAGCCGCCCCACUUCGAGCAGCGCGCGACGUGGAUGUGAGAGCCGUACGCGCCACAGCCAGACUAGCGCGCGUAAAUGACGGACAGCGCAUGUGCCACGCCGCACGUCAGCCCGCCACUGGUCAAGAGUCCAACCUAUUCCUGUUCACCCGCCUGGGGCCGCUCCUAAUUGCGCGCUAACUCAACCCAAAACCGCGGCCCGGAGGUGGCCCGGCGUGACGCCUGCGCGUCUUGGUGUAUCCUAGCGCGCAUGCUCUGGAGUAUGCGCGCGUCUGGGCGGGGCAAGGCUGAGGCCGCGAAAACCGCGCGAAAUCCGCGGGAACUAGCAUUUUGGCGCCAUGGCGCAAAGUCGUGUUACUGAUUUCUAUGCUCGCCGUCGCCCGGGCCUUACCGCUCCGCGGACCAAGUCGGUCUGUCUCACCCCAAGCCCCAGUGGGCUUGUGCCCAGUGAGUUGACCCGGAGCAGCAGCCGCAAGCGCGCCCGUCCCUCCACCGAACCCGGGAGCGACCACCCCGCGCCACCCGCGCGCCGGAGGCUGCAGCUUCCUGGACUGGACUCCUGCCCCAGUUCCCCAGCUGGCCCCAGCCCUCCAGCAGACCCUGGAUCCCCAGUAAAGCCAUCUCCUGUCAAGAGAAUAAAGAGCACCGCUGUUUCAGAAGGUCCAGGCCUUUCUGCCACAGUUCAGCAGCAGGACAAGGUCCCCUCAAAGGACUCUGUCUCUGAGCUCCAGUCCUGCCUGAGGCGGGCACGUAAGUUGGGAGCCCAAGCUCGGGCCCUGAGGGCCAGAGUUCAGGAGAAUGCUGUGAAGUCUUGUACAUCAGAUGCCAAGGAGCCUACAGAGCAACCAUGUGUCGAGAAAGUCCCUGCCUACCAGCGCUUCCAUGCCCUGGCCCAGCCCGGUCCCCCUGGCCUCGUCCUGCCCUACAAGUAUCAAGUGUUGGCCGAGAUGUUCCGAAGCAUGGAUACCAUCGUGAGCAUGCUUCACAAUCGGUCUGAGACCGUGACCUUUGCUAAAGUCAAACAAGGCGUCCAGGACAUGAUGCGCAAGCGCUUCGAAGAGCGCAAUGUGGGCCAGAUCAAAACCGUGUAUCCCACAUCAUAUUGCUUCCGCCAGGAAUGCAAUGUCCCCACUUUCAAGGACAGCAUCAAGAGAUCGGAUUACCAACUCACCAUCGAACCCUUGCUGGAACCGGAGGGUGGUGGUGGUGCCACCCAGCUCACAGCCUCGUGCCUCUUGCAGCGCAGACAGGUCUUCCGUCAGAACCUGGUGGACCGAGUCAAGGAACAUCACAAGGCUUUCCUCGCCUCAUUGAACCCCCCCAUGGCUGUGCCUGAAGACCAACUGACACGCUGGCACCCACGCUUCAAUGUGGAUGAAGUGCCCGAUAUUGAACCCGCCGAAUUGCCCCAGCCUCCUGUCACAGAGAAGCUCACCACCGCCCAGGAGGUGUUGGCCAGAGCCCGCAACUUGAUGUCACCCAAGAUGGAGAGGGCCUUGAGUAACCUAGUCCUGCGCUCGACUGAGCCUGGAAGCCCUGGAUCCUCUAGUCCAGCACUCCCAGCCACUCCACCAGCCACCCCACCAGCCGCCUCUCCCAGUGCUCUGAAGGGUGUGUCUCAGGCCUUGCUGGAGCGGAUAAGGGCCAAGGAGGUCCAGAAACAGCUGGCACAGAUGACACGGUGCCCGGAACAGGAGCUUCGGCUGCAGCGGCUAGAGCGCUUGCCAGAGCUAGCCCGGGUGUUGCGUGGUGUCUUUGUGUCUGAACGCAAGCCAGCACUCACUAUGGAGGUGGUCUGUGCAAGGAUGGUGGACAGUUGCCAAGCUGCCCUGAGCUCAGGGGAGAUGGAGAAGCACGUGCUGCUCCUAGCUGAGCUGCUGCCAGACUGGCUCAGCCUGCAUCGCAUUCGCACGGACACUUACAUCAAGCUGGACAAAGCUGCUGACCUAGCUGGCCUCACUGCAAGGCUGACCCAGCGUGUCCACACUGAAGGGCUGUGACUGAGUUCUUCGCCUGAUGGUCUGUUCUCUUGAUCAGAACAACGCACUUGAGCUCCCUCCCCCCCAUGCCACAGGCUUACUGCCAGUAUGGGCAGCGGUUGUGCCCAUGGCUCUCAUAAAGCGGCUUUGGGGUACCCCAGAACCAGCUCUUUGUGGUUGCUGGGGAAGUAAACUGUGAGAGCAGAGGAUGUUGGAUGUCUAACUCGUCUAGUUCCAGGUACUGUCGGUCCAGGUGGGAGCCCCUGGCCAGCCUAGCCUGCUCCUCCAUGCUCAUUAAAGCUACUCUCUUGAUUAGAGCCUUAAGACCCACACGGGAAACUUGGACUUCUGGCCAGAUUUCACAAGGACAGUGAGCUCUGAAUGGCAGAGUGAAAUUGGGCCUUCUAUAUAUAAUGAAAAUAAUUUUAUAGGUUUUGAGACCAAAAUUUAUGAAAAUGAAGAUUUUUUUUAAGCUUCUGUUCCAUUCCUAUGGCCUUGGAUGUGACUGUUAAUCUUGACUUUUAAUAUAGUCUUGUAAUAUUUAAAUAAAAGUGCUACCAAGAUCAAGCUGAACAGGUCACACCAUAAAAUACCUUUAAA